CUGCCGGCCUCAGUCCGCGCCCGGCCGUCGCACAUGCAUUCGCCUGUGUGCAUACCGCAUCAUUAUUUCACUAUUGACACGCGUUAACCGACAAUUUUAGAAUCCGUCACCGACAUCGAAGUGUUUUUUUUCCUUGACAAGUGCCAAUUUAUGUUUUUAUUUUUUUUCUAAUUUCCAUAAAAAAAUGUUGUCGACGUGAACGUUUCUGGCGUUUUUCUUUUUGAAUGGGACAAGAUGGACAAGCCGAGAUGUGUCGAGUGCGCGCGGUGAGAUGGGCAGCGGGAAUCCGGGGAGACUGAACUGAAGUGUUUGAUGGAUGUGGAAAGCGCGGAGUGCUGGAGAGCGGGCGUGGGAGACAGGAUGGUGGCCGAGGAGGGCAAAACGCGCGCUACGGACUUCUCCAUCGCGGCCAUCAUGGCGCGGAGUGCCGCCGAGCCGCGGAGCCCCGUCGCGCGCUCGCCGCCUCGUACCGGAUCGGUGUCAAGACAGAGUUCUCCAGCUUCCAUCAGUUCAGCGGCAUCCAGCUGUCGCUCCCCGCUGCCUGACGAGGACGUGGAGGUGGACGUGGAGCAGUGCUCCGACGGGGAGCGCGACGACCACACAGCGCCCUCGCCCGCGCCUUCAUCCGAGCUAGGCGAGCGCGACACUCCCUCGCCGGCGCGGCCGCUAGUGCCGGCCACCUCCUGCAACUGCGAGGAACUGCUCUCCGUAGACUGCCAGCUCGAGACCAAGGAGCUGUGGGACAAGUUCCACGACCUCGGCACCGAGAUGAUCAUCACCAAGACUGGCAGACGGAUGUUCCCGACGGUGCGCGUGUCGUUCGCGGGGUGCCGCGCGGAGGCGCGCUACGCCGUGCUGCUGGACGUGGUGCCGGUGGACGGCAAGCGGUAUCGGUACGCGUACCACCGCUCCUCGUGGCUCGUGGCGGGCAAGGCAGACCCGCCCGCGCCCGCGCGCCUCUACCCGCACCCCGACUCGCCCUUCUCCGGGGACCAGCUGCGCAAGCAGGUCGUCUCCUUCGAGAAGGUCAAGCUCACCAACAACGAAAUGGACAAAAAUGGACAGAUUGUGCUGAAUUCAAUGCACCGGUAUCAGCCGCGCAUUCACCUGGUGAAGGUCCGCGAGGGCGCAGGUCCUAUCACGGACCUCUCCCGCGAGCAACACCGCACCUUCGUCUUCCCAGAGACAGUGUUCACGGCCGUCACCGCCUACCAGAACCAGCUUAUCACCAAACUCAAGAUCGACUCUAACCCCUUCGCCAAAGGCUUCAGGGACUCAUCGAGACUCACCGAUUUUGAUAGAGAUCCGAUGGAGCUGAUGUUGAUGGAGCAGCAGCUGCUGCGGUCUCCGCUGCGGCUGUACGCGGGCGGCGCGGGGGGCGCGGCGGAGGAGGAGGCGGAAAAGCGCGCGGCGUGGGCGCGCACCCCGCCGGCGCUGCAGCUGUUGGCGCUGGGCGGCCGUGCGUGGCCCGCUGCCUGGCCGCAGCCGCUGGCGCUGCCGCCGGACCUCUGGCUGCAGAAGCCCCCCGCGCCACUCCGCUACUGCCCAUACCCGCCGCCGGCUCACCCCUCCGCCGCCCCCUCGCGACCAGAUCACUCGCCCUCGCCUCGACAUCCCCAGUGAACGUUCCUCGACGCCUAAAUUAAGAAAACAGUGCUGUGAAGACUCAACGAUUUCGCCGACUUCGAGCGCAUCACUCAGUGAGGCGUUCGUAAAAAUGUGUUCCAUGUACCAAACUGUUAUUUUGUCAAAGGUGAAAUCAAACUUGUGACUGUGACACUUAGCCGAAGUGAGUUUUAAAAUAGUACCUUUCUAAUGUAGUUAAUAGCUAAAGAAGUUAUCGAUAGUGUUACUGCAUAUAAAGUAAAAUAUAAUUCCAAGGUUCCUACCCGAAAUAAUAAGUCGUAUUGUAGCUUGAAUUUUAUUAAUAUUAACAAUAGUUACCUGCACUUUCAUUUCAUUUUUAUACGUACCUAUCUAACAAAUUGCAGGGAAAGGGAAGAGAAACUGUUCGAAAAUUUAAAAUUUGUUAUUAACCAAAGAGUUAAGUAUCUAUUGUUUAAAAUUUUCCUAUAUAAAAUCAUUUGCUACACAAACGCCACCAAUAGUGAUGCAAAAGUUUCUUAAUUGUUUAUACAAAGUGAGAGCUCAUUUGUGAAUGUUUGUAGAACCAAAGGUUGAGUGCACUGCAACAUUAUUAUGUUGCAUAAUAUUCGACAUGUGUGAAGCGCCCUUUACUUGAUAAGUACUUAAUACAAGUAUUAAUGUUGGUACAAUCAAGUAAGGGAUGCUUUACACACUAUCGGUCGUUAAAUAUAUGUAACCGCAUAUGAUUUGGACUGCCUACAUGAACAAGUACGUAUUGAGUUAAAUACAAAGCUAGAUUGUGAUAGUGGUGUAUCGAAUUUCCUUGGUCAAAGUGUGAAGCAUUCUUUAAUAUUUUCGUAAAGCUAUAUACUCAAACAGACAAACCGAGGAAUUGGUUUUGUGGGGCUUUUAUUGUAUCUACGAAUUUUGUUUAUGAAAAAUAAAUAUUUACUUACUGCAAACUCGAAGUAACAUUCCAGAGCAUCCUCUUUAGUUCACGUUAUUAAAAUCGUAUUCAAUAAGAAUUGCGGUCUUCAUCAAUAGGUACCUAAUGCAUUCCUCAUCUCAUACUUAAGUUAUGUAUGGAGUUUGUAAAAAAAAAUAUUAAUUCCUAUAAAUUCCAAAUAAGUGAUAAAAUAUAACUUACAUGUAAGUAUGUAUUUGUGUGUAUAAUAUUUUAAAUUAUAAGCCUAUUUAUAUUCCGUUAAAAUAAGUUGUAUUGUAAUGAAUUGUAUGUAUUGUAUAGUGGUUGAUUAAAUUAUUUUUGUAGGGUAAGCACUGUAUAUAGAGGGUCACUUAGAUGUCUGUAUCUAUAAGGGUUUUGAAAAGUAUUGUCCUAGUUAAAUAACUUAUGUCGCGUUGCUGCUCUGGUUCCGAAAUAAUAAAUGCCACGCGAUCUGUUAUGGACUUAGUUAUAUUUAAAGUGAAGGUACAUUACUGUUCGAAUAAUAAUUAUAACUAAUAACGCUUUAUUACCGUGUAAAAUUACAUAGCCGGUAUUAUGCUAUCUACAAAAAUUAUUCUUGUGAGACAAAAUUUCUCAUUCAUCUUACAGAUGACUAAAUUCACUCAUCACCUUGCAUUGAAUUAAAAUAUUAUAUUAUUGAUAUUUUGAAUAAAUAACUAUUUAUUUCUGUACUAGUAAUUGUAAUAAUAAAAUAAGUAAAAAAUAAUAUUUUUGAAAUAAAAAAUACAUUGAUAAUACUUUUCGAUUUUAUUGAACAGUAAACUCAGUUGAAAUAUUUUUAGUAGAUAGCUAAAUUAAAAUAGAAAUUGGUAAACAUUGCAAUUUUUUAAUUCCCUAUGUCUGUAACUAAGAGUAUGAUUGCUUACCUUUAAAAUAUAUUAUAUUUUUCACUUAAAAUCACUAAAAUGAUUUUUAUUUUAAGGAAUGCUUUAUAAUUAUGUUUAUUAAUUCUAAAUGUGACUUGUUUUUGUUUAAAAAUGAAAACACGUGAGCAGCACGCGCUUGUAGAGACACAUAUCAGGGCUCAGCCCUUGUGUUAAUAAACUGAAACCAAUCCAA